CCGCGGUGCCAGCUAAACGCGCCGCGCGCUCGUACGAACUGCGACUGGAGGGAAUUGUGUUCGGAAUUUGAAAAUCUGACAGUGACAGAAGUGCUUGCAGUGCAUUGGAAUUUUGAAUUUUUGUUGAUUGUUAAUUUUUUUACUGUUUGUUAUCUGUGGUGCGUGUGGACAGAUCAGUGAACUUUUGGAUUGCGUUUUGGACUUGGUGCGCCCGCGCAGGAGGGACCGGUCACCUCACCAAAUGUGUUCAACAAGCCUGCCUUCCUUAGCUGUAUGUAACAUAAGAGCUUGCUGAUAUGGCACGAUAUAAGUAAUCGUGCUGGUUGUAUGAUAGCAAGAAAGCUGGUGACAAGCCAGCGGCGUGUGCGCAACUGGCUGGGCGUCGCGCCGCAUCUAUGCUUUGUCGGCGCAGAUUCGACAUACACCGGGACGUCGCCAGGUGAUAUCGGUCGCUGCUGAAGAGGAGUGGCAUACGAGGAGUGAGGUAACCUGGCUGAAGAGGAAACCUUCCAGAAACCACGUCCAAACUAAACCGUCAUGUGUUCUAUUCUAACUAAGUACCUAAACUACGCGUAAAUGAUACAUCGAAUAUGUACGAUCCGUCCAAGACGCUGCCAAACAAAUCAAACGAAUUUAUUAGUGUAAAUACAGUUUUUGUUACUAUUAGUGUUCGCGAGUGAGUGCGCGAGAAUUAGUGUCCCGAAGAGCGCCAUCUGGCGUGGAGUAGACGUUACAACGUGGCGGGGACGCAUGCGCCGUCGGGACCGGCGCUGGCGAUGCCAUUUAUUGAAGACGAAUGGUGGUCAGCGGAGAAUGAGGGCAGGAUGGUCGACCUCUCCAAUUGCCUGCAGGUAAUGAAUUAUGACGCGGUAGUAGCAGCAGGAGGGCAAGCAGCCGCACACCUUCACCAAAUGGCCACCUCUCUGGGGGAACUGUCCCAAGCCGAGCUGUCUAACAUUGUGGGAGGGCUGACCCUCGAACCUGAUGGCUCGGAAGCUGCAGACCCGGAUGACAUCCUGAAGCAGCUAGGAGAAACCGCCUUCGACAACUUCGACACGUUUUUCACCGAUCUGACCAACGCUACAGCGUCGGCUGUGCCGCCUGUAGAGAUUAAGCAAGAGGAGAACAACAAUAUAUCGCCAGCGUCCGGAAGCCAACUUCAAUACUACACGCCAAGCAAUCAAAUAUCGCUACCCAACAACGGCCAGCAGCGGUUACAGCAACUACUGCGGUCCGGCACCACCGCCAUCAACAAUGCGGUGGCGAACAACAUCAACAACGGACGAUACAAUAUCGCGUCCCAAAACCCGCUGCUAGCCGAGAAACUAGCAGCGACAUCUAGUGGCAUCAAGCAAGAACCAUUAAGUUCGGAUUACAGUGGUACGAUGAACUAUGGGAGUGCGUCGCCGAUGCAGCGAGUGCCGAGCGGGAAACCUCAAGUGCACGAUGCUGGUGGAGGUAAAGUGGACGCCGGCGAGGCAGCCGGCCUGAGGCUUGGAGCGCGCGGCUCGCUGGGGCAGGCGCUGCUACACGGGCUCCUGGCACCGGCGCCGCCCGCCCGCCACCACCUCUACACGCCCUCCAAUAAUACCGGUUCGCUGCCGCCGUCUCCGGCCGACAGCGGGGUCUCCGACGUGGAGUCGUCUUCCUCCGGCGCGGGCUCCGCCGAGGAGCUGAAGGCGCGCCUGCAGCCCCCGCCGCCCGCGCCCUUCCACGCGCCCUUCCUGCCCUUCUACCCCCACCACCAGAUCGCCAGCACGCUGCAGCAGCAUGCCGCCGCGCAUCCUAGGCCACCUGUGGGCGGCGUGAGCGAUCGCGACGCAUACGGCUACGGCUACGGAGGCGGGGGCGGCGGGCACCACUUCGCCGCGCCCGCCCCGCCGCCCCUCCCGCACGACGACCUGCCCUACUCGGUGUUCGACUUCGGCGACUACCAACGCCACCACCACCACAACAAGCUCAAGCCCAAGAAGCGGCCGCGCGCCGACGCGCCGCCCACGCCCGGCGUCAAGCGCAAGUCGCGCGAGGGCUCCACCACCUACCUGUGGGAGUUCCUGCUCAAGCUGCUGCAGGACCGCGAGUACUGCCCGCGAUACAUCAAGUGGACCAACCGCGAGAAGGGCGUGUUCAAGCUCGUGGACUCCAAGGCCGUGUCGCGCCUGUGGGGGCUGCACAAGAACAAGCCCGACAUGAACUACGAGACCAUGGGCCGCGCGCUGCGCUACUACUACCAGCGCGGCAUCCUGGCCAAGGUGGACGGCCAGCGCCUCGUGUACCAGUUCGUGGACGUGCCCAAAGACAUUGUGGAGAUCGACUGCUCGCUGGCGUAGAGCGCCACAGUCGCGGGGACUCGUGGCCGAGACGAGUUUCGCUCUAACAUUUUUUCACUACUUAGUAAAUUCUAUUUUUCAAAUCAUCAUGCAUUACGUUCUCCGAUCGCUUACGAUUCUUAAGAUUACUCUCAAUCGAACUAAUAUUAUUAACUUAUCAUUGAAUUUAAUAUUUAUACAAAAAUAGGAGAGACGAAAUUGAUUGCUCAAAUGUUUAUAUAAGUACCUAUUUUUAGGGGUAUUUCAGAUGAGGAACACUAAAUUUGCUAGAUGUUAUAUGGUACGGAGUGAUUUUUGUAUAAUGUUGAACGAAUUUUUAAAUGUUUGUAAUGAAGUUUCUAUAUAGCAUGUUGCCGUGCGCUCGCGCGGCUUUACUUCCUACCUCAAAACUACGCAAAAAUAACAUUCAUAUGGAUAUACACUUUACGAUGUUCGAGAUACAGUUUAUACAAUACGCAAUAAGUAUAACAUUAUAGUCUAAUAAGAGUUUAUAGUGAAGAAAUAUUUACGUAAAAUGUUUAUAUUAUGACAAAAAUAUCAUAUUAGUAUCAUCCUCAGAUAACUUGUUUGGUGCUUGUUAUGGCCAUUCGCAUAUUUACACCUUGUUACAAACGACGACCUCACGCUGUUGACUGUUACAUAAUAUAUAUUAUAUGAUAAAGUAUUUAUGCGCCGCGCACUGCGCGCGCGCCCUCUGUUGCUUCUCAACCGAAUUCCGAUUGAUAUUAUUUGGUUAUGUUGUGGAACAUUACGUACUGAAACUACUGCCAACUUUCUGUUAGACAACUGAAUAUGACUAUUUGUAAGGGAUGAUUUGUGAGUUAUUUGUGUUAAUUAUUAUUAUAAAUAGAUAUUUACUAUAAGUGAGCUGUAUAAGUGAACAUGUUCUAGUUUAUUUCGUUUAUUUAAAUUAAUGAUAGUAAGCCUGUUGGACGGAGGUCUUGCGCGCCAUCAUUCGUCGACAUAUCAAGUAUCAUCUCAUAGUAUACAUACAGAGUUUUCGAGCUAUUUUCAUAUACAUGCUGUUUGUUUCCGAGCAUAUCAAAUCGCGCUGCUAAACAAAUGAAACACAUUUCCAAUGAACGGCGCAAGAUCUCUAUUUUUUGUUACCUGAAUAAAUAUUAUUAAUAAUUAAUUACGAUUUGUGGUCCAAUGUUAAUCAAUCAUAAUACUUUAUACUAGAUAGUCGAUAACAAAAGGUUAUAACGUAGCCUAGUACACGCCACUCCUGCGCGGUUGAAUGCAAUAUCACAUUCAAUGCAAAGACAAAACAUAAUCCUUUUUAAUACGUAUACAAAGGGUGGAGUAUUGUAUAAAAUUGAGAAAAAAAUAGAAAUAUGUUUGUAGGUUUGUAUGUAGGCGUACGCUAUGCGUACGGGCGCGGGCGCACUCGGCGCAGUAUUUUUGUAUGAGUAGAGCGCGACCAGUGAGCGCGGGGUGCGCCCGCGCGUCAAGGGUGCUACGAGGGACCGACAGGGACAGCCACAUAGGAACGUUACUUAUAAUAGAUAAAAGAUCUCAGCGUCCACACUUCUUCGAACAAACCAGUGCCCGUUUCAUGUGAUUGACAUAAUUAUAUACUUAUUAUAAAAAAAGAUGUGGAAUUUUAAUCGUAUUUUUAUAUAGCUAGUUGGAAUUCUUACAACCCUUUCUUUCGACACUAUUUCUUAUGCUUUUGUAAAUAUAACGAUAGAUAUUUUAACUUAUUUAUUUGUUGCCGGCUGGCGGGCCCGCGCGGCGCAGCCAGUAUAGUUAUAGCGCCGCGCUCGCCCGCGCACCCUACUUGAUAGUCUUUCCUUUUUAGGAAAUUUCGUUCUCUAGGUUACAAAUUUUAUUGUAAUAUACUUUAUAAUAAAUUAAUGAAUAGUAGGUAAUGAAUGGACCACGUGAUGGCAAGAGAGUGCUCUCAGAAUUUAUCGGCUAGUGUUAGGGACGGUUACCGUGUUGAAUGUUUGAGCGAACAUGUAAAACGAUGCUCGGUAAAAUUUUAAUCAUUUUAGUCGAAUUGAUGUUGUUGAAAAAUCAAAGUUUCUAAUAAUUAAAUGUACUUAAAUUUUCAAUGUAAAUUAUGACAGCACCUCGAGACGAAAUUAUUGUUAAUGGAGUUAUUUUAAUUGAGCCUAGUCUUAGCAUCUUAAAUUAAAUUAAAGUAAUUUCGGACGCCGCGGUGGAUCGGAUGUUCUCGGGGUUUUGGACGUCAAAUAUAAAUUAUUGUUGUAAAUAAAGAGAUAUAUGUGACAACGCGCACAGCCGCGGCGCUUGCCCCUCGGCGCGGGCGUCGCUAGAUAGGCGAGCAAUGAAAAUGUAGAGGAAGCAAUGAGAAGGUUAGUGAUUUGGUAUAGGCGCGGCGCAGGCGGCCCGCACUGCGCAGGCCAGCGAUCGAUGCGUUCUCGUGAUACGUUGUGUUAGUUAACCUGCCAAUUCUUUGACCAGUGCUUUAUUUAUGGACAAAAUUUUUAACUUAGUUCUGAGAGACGUGCGGUACGGUGUUCUCGCUUUUAGUUUACGAAAGUCCGAUAUUUUAAUUGUAAUUUUAGUUGUUUAAUUUUACAAAAUACUGUAUUUUCUGCCCCCUAGUUAAGUUAUUUUUCUAUGUAUAGCUAGUUAUAAGUGUAAAUGAGUUAGCACAUAAAUUUGAUGCAUGAUGAUAAUGUUAAUAAAAUAUCCACAAUAAAAUACAAA